AUGUCUUGGCUCGCGGGGCAAAAGGACGAAGACGAUGAACAUGAUAACCUGGGGGUCGAUUGGGUGCUACAGUAUGAGUUUGACCAAGCACAAGCCAUCACCGAGUUCCGAACCCUCAUCCACGAUCUGAGUGAAGCUGGUUUGCGAGUCCAGGUACGCCACGGCCACGGCUCUGCACUGUUGGUGUGUAUUCGGGUACCACGGGAUCACCUAGGGAACCUGGUACAUCAGUCGAGAAUUAAAGAUUGGUUGUUCGGGAUUACACAUACCUUACCAGAUGGCGAUGAGACCGCUAUUGCUGACGCCGAAACCCCAUCCGAGGAAAUUCGCUCGGUGUAUCACGCUGUCACCUGGCAAAAGAAGAUUGGUGGUGCUGGCAUAACGCCCGGCUUUGGACAAUGGGAGCGCGUUACUGCCUCGUUUCCGUUACACGAUAAAGAGGCUUGCAGUGACAUGCUGCGGAAAUGGAGUCGGAAAACUGUGUUGACAAGCCAGGAUUUGGAUGCGAUUCGAGCUCUCUUUGGCGAAAAGGUCGCUUUCUACUACGCAUUCAUACAUUGCUAUUCACUAUUUCUUGUGGUGCCCGCAGCACUAGGGAUUAUUGGAUGGGCUUAUCUGGGACCGUAUUCCAUCAUUUAUGGAGUUGUUCUCUGUGCUUGGUGCAUUAUAUUUGUCGAAUAUUGGAAAGUCCGAGAGGCCGAUCUGAGUCAAAGAUGGGACGUCAAAGGUGUUGGUCGAUUAAAAGUCAAUCGAAAGCAGUACGUUUGGGAAAAAGAGGUCAAAGAUCCUAUCAGUGGACAGAUCAAGCACGUCUUCCCGGGCUGGAAGCAAUUCUCCCGACAAUUGCUCUUAGUCCCCUUUGCGUCGGUCGCCAGUAUCGCCCUCGGAGCGUUGAUUGUCGCGUCUUUCGCAUCGGAGGUGUUUAUUUCCGAGGUGUAUGACGGACCUUUCAAGAGCUAUCUCGAAUUCGUGCCAACCAUCCUUUUCUCCCUCUCAUUGCCUGCCAUCACUUCCUUCCUCACAAACAUUGCAACUCGCCUUACCGAUUACGAGAACUACCGAACGCAGGACCAAUACGAUCUUGCGCAAACUCAAAAGACCUUUGUGAUGAACUUUAUCACAUCCUUCUUACCCACAAUCCUGACUGCCUACGUCUAUGUUCCGUUUGGCAGCUCGAUCGUCCCACACCUCGACUUUGUGCGAAAGACAGGAUACAAGGCCGACUUGCUCAGUGGACAAAAAGCAUUUGAAGUAGAUACGAGCCGUUUUCAACAGGAGGUCAUUUAUCUGUCGAUGACAGCCCAAGUCCUGAGCUUUGGUGAAGAAAUUAUUCUGCCAUAUGUGAAGAAUAUCCUGUGGCAGAAAUGGCGCAAUUAUCGCGAUCGCAAGGCUGAAUUUGGGCGCAAGCGAAGCUAUUCCAAGGCCACCGAUCUUUUGCUGAUUGACCCGCCAGAUGAAGCCAAAUUUUUGACCCGGUUGCGUAGUGAGGCCGACGCAGAACAGUACCACGUCGAGGAAGACAUCCUUGAGAUGUGUGUUCAAUUUGGAUACCUGGCACUAUUCGGAGUUGCCUGGCCACUUGUUCCACUAGGAUUCUUGCUGAACAACUGGCUCGAACUCCGAGGUGACUUCUUCAAGCUUACACUAGAAUGUCAGCGCCCGCCCCCUAUCCGAGCAGACUCGAUCGGCCCAUGUCUGCUUGGCCUAGACUUUAUGGCAUGGCUAGGCACUCUCUCGACGGCAGCGAUCGUACACGUCUACCGAGGACCGAUGCAUGAGGUGCGUCUGUCAUAUCUGCUGUUGACCAUCUUUAUUGCAGAGCAGGCAUACCUUGGUAUGCGAUUCACAGCUUCCGUGGCCCUCGAGAAGAUCUUCUCAGACACCAUCCGACGGGAAGAAGCCCGCCGGUAUGCCGUUCGCCAGAGUUAUUUCGCUGCGAGCCUGGCGAGAUCAAGCUCACCCAGCUCGGGAUCACCCAGCUCUGGCUCUCGGGGCUCACCCAAUGGCCGAACUCGUCCGCGUGUGCGGUUCAACGAGCGGGUGAAUGUAUACGGCUGCACUGAGAAGGAGUCCGUUCCCGACGGAAUUCCCUCUCCUACAAAGGAUGAACCUGAGGAUGCUGUCCUUGGCGGAUCCGACCGCGAGGCCGAAUUUUGGAGUGGCCUAUCCCGCGAUACGGCGGCGGACGCAGGCGUCAAGCUGAUUCGCGCUCUCACCUCCAAAGCAGGGGAUGGCUUGAAACAGUCCAAAGAAGCAUAG